CUGUUGCCAUUACAUUAGUUAUACAUUUAUUAUUGUAUUGUUAUAUUGGAUUUGAUUAAAUCUUGUCUAACUAGACAAUUUCCUUUCAUUUAGCUAUGCUGAUAAAAAUAGAAGACCACAUUCAUCCUACAGAAAAUAUAAGGCUAACAUUUCAGCAUAUUUGACAAAUCGUCCAAAACCUUUAGUCAAACAUUGCAUGAAAAUGAUAGACAAAGUAAUAAGCAUGGAUUUAGUCAGAGUUAGUGCAGUAACAGACAGAUUAUACAAUGUUGCUUCAUUUCAGAGUAAUAGUAGAGAAACUUACCAAUGCAAUCUUGGUAAUGCAAACCAAUUGCCAAGUUGUUCAUGUUCUGCUUGGUUAUUGGUGCAUAUCCGUGCAAACAUUUUUUUGCCAAUUUUAUUAAAGAAAAUAUGUCAUGGUCUGAAUUUGAUCCCUCUUAUGAAGAAUCAGCAUAUUUUGUUCUUGACCCAUUGUCAGAUGACAGUAUUUUUAUAGAUUUGGUUUCAAACAAUAAAUCAUCAAGUCUGUAUAGCCUUGAAGAUGCAAAACCACUGGAUGGUUCUGUUUCACCUGAACAUAGUCAGCCAAUACAUAGUAUUCAUUGUAUUAAUAGUACAGUAUCAAACCUUGAUCAAAAUGUAGCACAUGAUCUCUCAAAGGCAAGGCACACACCAGCAGCAUGUCGUGAACUCCUAAAUGCAAUAAUAAAAAUGACAUAUUUAUCUGACUCUCAAAUCGUUACUGACAAUCUGUUUGAUGAGCUUUCUAAACUUAAAACAAGCUUUGCAAAAACUCUUAAAAGCGACCAAGGGGUUAUCCUACGCCCAGAUAAAGAACCAGAAACAUGGGUCAUGUCAAAUACAAAAUUACCGCAUCUUGUUAAUCUUAAUGUUCGGCACAGAAAGAAAAUGUCCAAAAGAGUUGGUUUGAAACAUGAUAAUAUCAAGGCAGCUUCAAAUAUCGAUGUGCUAUUCAAAGCAAAAGAUGAAUCUUGUAUAACUGAGAUUUUAACUAAUCAUGUAAUUGAUGAAAAUUGUCAAAUGUUUACAAUACCCAAUUAAUCAAUAAACAUUAAAGGUAGUAUAUGUAAAGUAAAAGUAAGAGCUGAUAUUUGCCAAGAUUUUGACAAAGCCACUUUUGUUAAUGAUAAUUUCCAACUUAAAAAGGAUGUGCACUUUAUUUAGCAACUGAAAUGCUCAUUGAUUGGAGAUUUAGAAAGGGAUGACAUAGGAAAAGGAAAAAUGAUAAAUGAUAAUGUCAUUCACUUUUUUCAACAAAUGAUGUCAAUUCAGUUCAGCCUGCAGGAUCUCAUUUAAGGAAAAGUUAUGUCUUUUGAUAUAUGUUCAAGUGAUCCAUUUGUACAAAUUUUGCAUGAUGGUAAUCUACAUUGGGUGUGCGUUACCACAUAUGAAUGCAAGCCUGGGGAGAUAUAUAUUUUUGACAGUCUUUUUCAUGGUUCAAUAAGUAUAGAGACAAAAAGGCUAAUAUGCUCUAUUUUGCACUGUCCCCAAAAAAAAAUUGAUGUUAAAGUUUUACCAAUUCAGCAGCAAACAAAUGGUGUAGAUUGUGGUCUCUAUGCUAUUGCGUGGGCUUGACAGGUAUUUGAAGCGAAUAAAAUACCACCAAGUACUCUUAUGUUUGAGCAAAGUAAAAUGAGGAUUCAUCUUCUUAACUGUAUGCUGAAUAACCAGUUAGAUGUUUUCCCAACUGCCAUUACUCCUAUGAUUAGAAGAUGUGUCGCAAAGAAUUUCCACAUUCCUCUACAUUGCUCAUGUCGCAUGUUUUGGAUCCUUGAAGAUGAGCACAUUUUUAAUAGGCAAAUGGCUCAAUGCUGUCUUUAUAAAAAAUGGUUCCACCGUGAGUGUCAAAAAAUUCCACUGUGUGCUUAUGAAAAGGAAGAUGUAAUAUGGAACUGUUAUAAUUGCAAGAUGCACGCAACAUAAAACUAAGGUUUAAUCUGUUAA